GAGUGUGGUGGUGUUGCUGCUGAGCCAGGAUGGAGAGAGGAGGGCGUGAGACGUGCUCUGCACUUCAUGAGCGUGUCACAGGCACCACGGCCACAGCUCCACUCCCCGCUUGCCUGGACCAGCUUUAAUUGCCAUUUACUUUACAAUUUUUUAUUUACAUUUUUUUUUUGCAAUAUAUAUUGGCUCAUCUGCUACGUGGUUCAUAUCAGUCAAAAUGCAGGUUUGACUCCGAGCUCAGGACAUGGUCUCCUGACUGACCCCAGCACACACCCCCAGUGAAAACCAGAACGUUCCGGGCCAUGACAGCUCUCCUGGCCCAAACUGCUCCCGCUGGGACCGCAGCAGUGCUGCUGGCUACCACGGACCCCCCCUUCAACCUGACUCUGACCUCUGCACGGGUCGAAGUUGCGUCGAGCCAGCCGCUGGCUCCUCUGUGUACAGUCUGCUGCUGCGGCUUUCUCAAUCGUACCUUUGCUGUGGCGUUCAUGGUCAGCCUGGCUGUGGCCAUCGUGGUUGGGAAUGUGAUCACUCUGAUUGUCUUUGUGCAGACCAGACAGUCCAGAACAGCCCAAGGCUACCUGAAAGUGUCUCUGGCCAUAGCCGACUUGAUGGUGGGCCUCCUGGUGGUCCCCUUCUCCAUCUACACCGAGGUCACGAUGAUGGUCAGCACCGCGCCUCCCAUUUGGUACCAGGGGGUCUCGACAUCUGCAGCUUCCUCUCUCGGUGGCCAGGGGAGCUCCUUCCAGCCGUGCAUGCUGAUCGGGCCGGUGUUCGCUGGCUGCACCUUCGUCUCCAUCAGCACCAUUUUCCUCAUGACCGUGGAGCGGAGCGUCGCCAUCCUGCGGCCGCUCCACAAGGACGCCUUGGUGACGCGGCGGAGGACUCUGCUCCUAAUCCUGCUUUCUUGGACCGCCAGCUUCCUCCUGGCACUGGCGCCCCUCAUCUUCAGCGGCAAUUUAAUUUUGGAGUACAACGAGUGCAGCCGGAUGUGCAACUACGCCCCGCUGCUGCUCGGCAAACAGCUGCCGCCCGACGCCAACAUCUUGCUGCUGUUCCCGGCGUUUGACUUCACCCUUCUUGGCGGGACGCUGGCAAUUAACAUUGUGUCUUUCACAAGCAUCCGGCAGUACUCCAGGAGACGCAAACUGCUCUCGGAGGGCAGUUUGAGUGACGGGGGAGUCGUCGGCGGAGCAGGAGGAAGAGGGGCUUGUCCUCACAGACCCUCCUUUUCCGACAUUAAGGCUGCUAAGACUAUCAGCAUAUUAACAUUUGCCUUCACUGCCUCCUUCUCGCCCAUUGCUGUGUUUGUGCUGGGGAACGUGGUGGGCUACACCUGGUGCAACUUCUCCUUCGUUGCCUUCUGGAUUCUAACAGGAAACAGUUGUUGCAACGUCAUCAUCUACAGCGUCAGGGACCACCGCUUUCGCAAGGGGGUGACCCUGCUCUUUCGGCGUGAACACUUCCCCCCAACAGGGGAGGAAAACUGAGGGACUGAGUGGUUGCUAAGUGCGUUGGUGAUGGGAUUGGACAGAGGUGCUGACUUUGCAUGAAGUUGUGUUAGUCUGUCUUAGUCAGUACCUUCAGGAUUUAGCUUUUUUUUUGUGAUCGUCGUGGCCUAAAAUGUCCGAAUUCGCGGCCGCUUUUUCAAAACGCUGCGGAAAACUUUGCGAUAUUUUGAGGCUUAUUUUUCUUUCCAAAAACAUUGAAUCAACCUGUGAUUUUUAGGAAUUUUUUAUCAAUGUUGUAAGCAUUCAAAAAAAGCAACAACAAAGGAUUUCAACAACAUUUGAAAACAGACUCUGUAUUGCUGUUUUACUCGUUUUGUACCACACAUACUGGAAAGUAGACACCAGAUGGCAGUAAAAGCUCAUUUUAUACCUCACAUACUAGACAAGUAGUAUACUAUCAGUACAAGGGCAUACUCAGAGCUUAUUGUCAAAUUACUGUACUAUCAUAAUUCUUUAAUAAUUAUAAUCAUACAAAGAAACGUCACCAAUGGCCUCCUUAUUAAGUCCAUUCAGGACUUGAUGUCAGGCUUGCCCCUGACACUUUGUUUGUGUUUUAGUUUUUUCCUCUGUGUGUAGUAUUUCCUGUCAGCGCUCUUAAUUUGUCUGUUUACUGUCUUUCUCCCUGAGCGCUGUUUCCCCUCAGCUGUGGCGGAUUGGCACCUGGCCAUACCUGGUGUCAAUCAGCCCGGACCUGUU